CUCAUGACGACAGAUAAACAUUCACAUAAAUGCACAGGCUGUCAGAGCCAUGACCUCCUUUUUUACUUUCUUCUGUGAGUACUGUGCCAAGUUCUCCACCUUUGCAAAUAAGAUAAGAGCACAACUGCAAGAACUCUCCCAGCACUACGGACAACAAAAUGGAAGAGACACUGGAGAAAGAGAUCCCGCCAUCUGAAGUAAAAGAUUCUGAUGAAGGUGGAAUUCGGCUGCGACUGAGAGACAGAGACCUGUUGAAGAAACGAAAGGCUGAGGCAGAGGAAAAGGCAACCAACCAGUGGGUUUAUGGGGCACAAAGCCUUAAGAGAGUGAAAAAGAUGACCAGUGGUACCCCAGGAAGGAAAGGUCGACCAAGAAAAGAACCGGCUGUAGUUAUUCCAGAAGAUCUCGGUCUGGCUCAGGAAACAGAUCCUACUCCUGUCACACUUCCUGUCCCAGAACCUGUGUUACCCACAAUAGCAGAGACAGUGCCUUUAGUACCAGCUGAGCCACAACCAGAGCCGGCGCCAGUGGAAACAAUUAGUGAAAAACCUCUGGAGUUUCUGAUUGAGGAUCUGGGGCCUGAUGAGGAGGAAGACAUGCCUCAAAAAAGCCUUAUCAUUGAUACAGGUGAUGACGAGCAGCCCAGGACUGACCUGAACAGUCAAGUCUCAGUGCCAGUGUAUCCGCCAGCAUCUGCUCCUUCUCAACCAGAGUCUAUCUGAGAAUUUAAUCAUCUGAGUGUCUCCUUUCUACAGAAAACUGAAUUUGAUCUAAUUUACCAUUUCAAAGGAUUUCUAAACCUAAACAAUAAAUGUAUAUUUAUUGAAAUUAU